AUGAGAGACGGUCGGGUCCGGAUCACCACCCAGCACCGCCUGCACCCCGUAUACAAUGAACCGGAACCCAAACCCGCACCGCCUCGAGGACUGACACUGAUGAACGCUCAGGCACACUACGCGCGCAUGCGCAGCCGUGAGGUCUCAGAGCGCAAGCAGGUGGGAGACGCAGAGAGUCUGUUCCACUCGGAACAGCGGAGGAAAGAGGAAGAUGAGAUUCUUGGGUCUUCUCCCUUCCGAUUUUGGUGGCUGCUGCUUUUAAGCAUGAUUCAGCAGUCUGAUGAUGAAGACCCGUCCUAUUCUGAGUGUGCCACCUUGCCUACCUUUCUAGGUAUCUUCUGA